AGCUUUACAGCAACAGAGUUUAGACUGUCUUUGCUUCAUCAUCUGAAGGCAAAAUUUUCCAGAUACGGCAGACGGCUCCCAGAGUACAAUACACAGGGAAUGAGGACUAUUUACAUGGAAAUUUCUGCCUCAUGAUGCAGCGGAGAAGCCUCGGCCGCUGGAUUCUGCCAGAUGUUCCCGGGGUUACUGUAAAAGGGAAAAAGAGGCAGAGCUAAACAAGGUUCAUGAUUUCAAAGUGCCUGUGUGAAGUCACUUUCGCUGGAAACUGCAGCCUGAGCUCUUGUUGUGUUCAAAUUGUUCUUCCGUCAAAUGCACGUAGCCCUGACCUUACGGUGGAUGAAGAUACCUCAACUGUCUGACUUUGCCAAUUGCUCGAUUUCAGGAUUUAGAAGGGUGGAAAGAAAGAGAAAUCUUGCCAAGAUCUGAACGUCUAGGUGGCUUAUUCUCCAGCACCGUCAAUAGCUGCACGUGUCAGAACUGAAUAUCCUCCCGAGGAGUGCCAUGAUAUUGAAGUCACUUUAUUAAAAACAGUUGUGUCUGCAGAUCGGUCGAGAGACUCGGACGUUUACCGCCAGAGAUGACACUGAGUGUGCUUCUGUUGCGGCCCACUGUUUUCAAGUGGGGCAUAUUGAUUGAUGAGUGACUGCUUGCCGAUAAAUUCUCUCCUCACUGCUUCCUGGAUUGGGCCUCCCUAAGCAAUUGAUCACUUACCUUCAGACUCACAUGUGGGGUUUUUCACAACAGUAGUCUCGGAAUCACUGGGACCUGGAUCGAUUUCAUCAUUUUACACAAACAAACAGAAUCCCAGUAGCUCAAGCAUCAUGGCUUUGAACGUGGCCCCCGUCAGAGACACAAAAUGGCUGACGUUGGAGGUCUGCAGGCAGUUCCAGAGGGGCACGUGCUCGCGCUCCGACGAGGAGUGCAAAUUUGCUCACCCCCCCAAGAGCUGCCAGGUGGAGAACGGAAGAGUGAUCGCCUGCUUUGACUCCCUGAAGGGCCGUUGUUCACGAGAAAACUGCAAGUAUCUUCAUCCUCCAACACAUUUAAAAACUCAACUAGAAAUUAAUGGGAGGAACAAUUUGAUCCAGCAAAAAACUGCUGCAGCGAUGCUUGCCCAGCAGAUGCAAUUUAUGUUUCCAGGAACCCCACUCCAUCCAGUGCCCACUUUUCCUGUAGGUCCCGCAAUAGGGACAAAUACGGCGAUUAGCUUUGCUCCUUACUUAGCACCUGUAACCCCUGGAGUUGGGUUAGUCCCAACGGAAAUUCUACCCACCACACCCGUUAUUGUUCCCGGAAGUCCACCCGUCACUGUCCCGGGCUCAACUGCAACUCAGAAACUUCUCAGGACUGACAAACUGGAGGUAUGCAGGGAGUUCCAGCGAGGAAACUGUGCCCGGGGAGAGACCGACUGCCGCUUUGCACACCCCGCAGACAGCACCAUGAUCGACACAAACGACAACACCGUAACCGUUUGUAUGGAUUACAUAAAGGGGCGUUGCAUGAGGGAGAAAUGCAAAUAUUUUCACCCUCCUGCACACUUGCAGGCCAAAAUCAAAGCUGCGCAGCACCAAGCCAACCAAGCGGCGGUGGCCGCCCAGGCAGCCGCGGCCGCGGCCACAGUCAUGGCCUUUCCCCCCGGUGCUCUUCAUCCUUUACCAAAGAGACAAGCACUUGAAAAAAACAACGGUGCCAGCACGGUGUUCAAUCCCAGCGUGCUGCACUACCAGCAGGCUCUCACCAGCGCCCAGCUGCAGCAACACACGGCGUUUAUUCCAACAGGGUCAGUUUUGUGCAUGACACCCGCUACCAGUAUUGAUAAUUCUGAAAUAAUCAGCAGAAACGGAAUGGAAUGCCAAGAAUCCGCAUUGAGAAUAACUAAACAUUGUUACUGUACAUACUAUCCUGUUUCCUCCUCAAUAGAAUUGCCACAAACUGCAUGCUAAAUAAAGAUUUAGUUCUUCUGGACAGACCACAACUGUAAGAAGCUAGUGCUGCUAUAUCAUAUAUGAGUAUUAAAUAUGGUAUGCUUAGUAUAUUCCAACCUAAGAUAGUUAACUACCUGAGACCAGCUGUGACGUUUAAAGACAUAAAGAAUAAAGUUUACUUUUCAAGGGUUUCUAAACAUAGUUUCUGUCCUAGGAAUAUUGUCUUAUCUCCAUAACUAUAGCUGAUGCAGAAAGUCCAACCAAUGUACUCAUUUCGAUUGAGAAUACUUCCAAGUUAGCAAUAAGCGAUUAGC